CUAAUAUGUCAGCGCCCAUCAAUCUAAGGGAUUACUCAGCCACUUAAACAUGUUAUUUUCGCCAUUGCUAAGUUAAAGUUUAGAUUGCAGAAUGGAGGAGUUGCUUGUUUUCGUUGUGAUGCUACUUCAUCUGUAUGUCUGUCCUUACACAAAAGUGGAGGAAAGUUUCAACAUGCAAGCAAUGCAUGACAUCUUGCAUCACAACAUUAACAUUUCACAGUAUGACCAUUUGGAAUUUCCUGGAGUUGUGCCUAGAACCUUUCUGGGCCCACUUACAAUAUCGGUCUCAGCAGCACCAUGGAUACGCAUUGUCAGCAUGGCUACCUCAUCCAAGUUAAUUCAUCAAUUUAUUGUUCGUGCCGUGCUUGGUUUGGUGGUUGGAAUGAGUUUUGUAUCAUUCUGUCGAGCAGUGAUGAAUCGUCUGGGUCGUGGUGUCAAAAUAUGGCUCAUUGUGACCACCAUCACUCAGUUCCACUUCAUGUUCUACAUGUCGAGACCGCUACCUAAUGUGUUUGCAUUAGCUUUAGUGUUGCAAGCCCUGACAGCGUGGUUGAAGCAGCAACAUGGUGCGUUUGUGUGGUGGUCGGGCGCAGCUGUGGUGAUCUUCCGCUCCGAGCUGAUGCUCUUCCUGGGUCUGAUAAUCAUCUCCGAACUAUGGUCUCGGCGGUUACCACUGAAAACGUUCUUCUUCAACAUCAUUCCAGCAGGGCUUAUUAUGUUAGGCCUUACAAUUUGCGUGGAUUCGUUUUUUUGGCGCCAAUGGUUGUGGCCUGAAGGACAAGUCUUCUGGUACAAUACCAUUUUGAAUAAAAGUGCCAAGUGGGGUACUUUACCAUUCCUAUGGUAUUUUUAUAGUGCUAUUCCCAAAGCCUUGUCAUUCAGUAUUCUGCUGCUCCCAGUGGGACUGUACUUGAACCGCCAGGUUUGGACGUUAAUCUGGCCGGCAGCCACCUUCGUCUUUCUCUAUUCAUUCUUGCCACACAAAGAACUUCGAUUUGUCAUCUAUGUGUUUCCAGUCUUCAACGUGGCCAUUGCUUGUGCCCUCUCAAGACUAUGGCAGAACCGUACGAAGUCGCCUGUUCAACAUUUACUAUCACUAUAUGCUGUCGCCUUGUUGGUGUGUAAUGUGAUUAUUACUGGUGGCUUCCUGUAUGUCUCUCACCAUAACUACCCCGGUGGGGUCGCCAUGGAUACUUUACAUCAAAUCGAGCAUGAUGUCCAUGUGAAUGUUCAUAUUGACGUAUUCACAGCUCAAACUGGAGUUACGAGAUUUGCUCAGAGAAACGCACACUGGAGGUAUGAUAAAACAGAAGACCUUGUGGCAGGAGGCCCAGAGAUGAACAAGUUCAGUCAUCUGAUGAUAGGUGGAGUGACUAGAGAUGAACUCGACAUCUACAAGAACUCUCAUCACAUAAUUUUUGAAGUUGAAGCCUUUGACAGAAUAACAUUUAAUCUGAAGCAUUUACCACCUCUGAAGGUUGUCAUCAAACCUAAGCUAUGGAUACUGAAACGAAAUGUGCAAUAAAGCCAUAUCUAUAUAUUAACUUAA